UUUAAAGUAUUGAUUGGUGACCACUCCACUUCCUAGUUGUCGUGGACUGCUUGCCUUCCUACAUUUCUUUACAUUUCUUCCACGGUAUCGCCAUGGCUGACAACAAUUCCAAGAACGAGAACGACGGUUCCAAACGCAGCCUAAUCUUUUCGUACGGCACCCUUAAACGCGGUCUACAAAACAACUACCUACUCCAAGAGCUAAUCGAUCGAAACGAUGCCGUCUACCUCGGCUCAUGCCUCACCCACAUCCCAUACCCACUCGUCAUUGGACCUUACGGUCUUGCCUACAUCGUCAAUUUCCCAGGCAACGGCCACCGAGUCAAAGGCGAGCUCUACUCGGUCUCCGCUCGUGGCCUCGCUCGCCUUGACGAGCUUGAAGCCACCAGCAGAGGCCACUACGAGAGGCUACCGAUACGGGUCGUUCGGUGCCCCGAGGAAACUACCGAACCCGACCCGACCGUGAACGAUGAUGACGUGGUGGAGGCCGACGCCUACUACGCACACAGGAGCUUCGGGGAAGCGUUAUGGGAUAAAAAUCACAGACAAGGUCUGAGGGAGUAUUCGGAGAAAGAAGCCAGAUUGUAUGUGAGACCUGAAGAUAGACCCAACGCUAGUCGGACUAUUGUUGACGAUAUCUGGCUCUUCAUCUCUUCCUCCGAGACUCAUCAGUGAAAUGGAAAAUUCUUUUCACCUUUGGAAUAAGAUUUAAGAUGGUUGUUGUGUGGAUUUGCAAUAAAAUAAAAAAGCCAGGCCGGUUUGGUGUGCAAGACAGGAGUGGAUUAUCAUUCUGGACUGAUUGGAUUCGACCAGACCGGACUGGACAUUAUAUAUUUUAAUAUUGUAUUGUAUUCUGUGCAUAAUCCAACUAAAAUGGAUAAGUUGCAUUGCUCUUUGUUUUUGUAUGUAGUAAUACUUUAUAUAUUUGAAAAUAGCAUCGUCGUUAAAUAUAUUACUUUA